AUGAUUAACCUCAGAUUUCUUUGGAUAACUACGCGUCAGAAGUAUUUUCCAACGGGUGGAAUUGGUUGCUUAAAGUCUCUUCGAUUUCUUUUCAUCACUGGAUGUUACAAUCUGGAAUAUUUGUUUGAAGAUAUGCAAGGUCUCAAAAAACUUCGAAGACUGGUCGUUUGGGAUUGUGAAAGUUUGAUCUCUUUGCCACAAAGUAUAAAAUGCCUAACAACAUUAGAUACUCUUUCUAUUGCUGGUUGUGAUAACCUGGAAUUGAGAAUGGAGGAAGGAGAAGAAACGCAAUUCAGCCUCCAAAGAUUAGAGUUAAGAUGGUUGCCAAAAAUUGUGGACUUUUCAGAAUGGCUUAUUCGAGGAUCUACCAAUAGUUUAAAAGUGUUGGAAGUUAAACGCUGCGACAACCUCAGAGAAUUGCCAAAUUGCCUACAGAACAUGGCGUCACAUCCAGAGGUUCGAAUCAUAGAUUGUCCGGAGCUAAACAAUGAUCCUUUACAAAAAGCAGAAGAGGCUGGUCCAAGUACAUCUCUGAGUUGAGCAGUUGAGCUUGCAUUUGGACAUUUUUUAAAUUAGAACAUUUACUGGUAAGAUUUCCUCCUAAAAUAUUUAAAAAUUCAAUCUGCAUAAAUAUUUAUACUUGUACAUAUGCAUUGUAAUAAAUAUGGUUUUCCUCUUACUCUAUAAUGAAUCUGAUUUUCUUGUUGCUUCAUAUGGGUCUCUCAAUAUUCGAUUUGAUGAAAAGAUCUGCAAAAUAAGGAAAGAUGGUCAGGAAUCUACUGGGGAUGCCCCUGUGGAGACCCUCCGACAUUUAAGUCAUAUUCAUGAAUUAAUAUAGUAUCGAUAGACGAGAGUUGAAAAGAAUAAUAAAAUAAAAAAAAAUAUGGAGCCCCUCCUGAGAGGGGGAAAAAGAAACUCCCCUCCCUUUUUAUCUACUCAUUUGCUAUUGUGCUAUCUGUCUAUGUCACUCAGACCCAUACGUAUGGACGUGACGACCAUUUAAUUCUCCCGGCGUGCGUGCGGGCAGAGCUGCGAAGUGACUGGACUGGCUCCUCUCCCUCACAUCACAUCACCGGACUGGGCUUAUUCCGGCUAGGUCUGGGCUAGCGGGUAAUCCAUCCGGCCCGACGUGUCUGGGUUGAGACCUGAGAUGCUGAGUUGGUCAACCUAAGGAGGGCUUGAUGGGCUUUGAGCCAUUAUUCUCCUCUUGGACCCGAUCUCGCCCAGGGCAGAGGAAGUCCGACGGUCAUCACAUUGAUAUACUGCAACUUUUUUUUUCAUUCACUGAAAACAUUGUAAUUUUCUGAUCAAGAUUUUUUCUAAUAAAUAAUAAAAAAAUAGAGACUCAGGAACAAAACCAAUAGUAAGCUGGCUUAGAAACCACUCGAGGUCAAGCACCAUUUCUUUUAUGGAAGGAAAAAUAUAUAUAAAAUAUCUUUUGAAGGAAAAUGUAGAAAGUUUUGCAUUAUUAUCCCUUUUAAGUUUUUUUUUUUUUUUCAGGUAAUAAAAAA